CAGCUAAAGAUCCCUAACUCUGUCUAGUAUCUUAUUUAAUGGAAUACAGACAAAAUGGUCAUUCUGCUACUUCAAAGAGGUAUGAUUCCCCACAAUGUGUAAAUGGAUGCAGAUCCACCAGCCAAACCCAUAACUUGACAUCAGUGAUGGAGAUCUGAGGCCAGAUAAACGGUCUCUUCCCAAGUGUCCCAGUUCAGGCCCUCAGAAUAGCCGACGCAUGUCCCGAAUCAGGAGCACGCUGGACACCGUCUCCAAAGCAGUCAGCGGAACGGACCUUCUCUCCAAGAUCACGAGGUUGAGAUCCGGCAAAGCCGCCGCCGCCGUUGAGGUCCAUGUGCACGGCCCCACAAACCAGGAGGCCGCAACAGUUGCCAUGAUGGCAACGGCGGUGCCGCCCGGCAUUACCAUGGAGAUGCCCGAGCAAGAGAAAAGGCACGAGGAGGAAGUUGUGGAGAGGGUGGCGGAGGAGGUGGAGGUGCCUCACAUCCAGGUCAGGGAGAAGCUGAAAGUCAGCCUCGCCUCACAGGCAGGGACCGUGUCUGCGGCCGUGGCCAAGCAGACCUUACAGCGCCUCCAGCCGGCCGCCUUCUCCACCAACAUGGACGAGACCUACAGCCACCUCUCCCAGCACGUCAACACCUACUUCGGCAGCGACGCGCCACCAGAACCUGUGGAGCAGCAGUGGGCCCAGCAGAGGAGAAGUCCAGAUCCCGCAGCCUCAGCACCUGGGGCUAACCCAACCCGGUCCCUUCCCCGGAACCACACACCUGUCAUGAUGCCCGUGGUGGGGAAACGGCCGAUAGAAACUUCCCCUGAGUUACCUGCUGUCGAACACACUACCCCAGCCACAUCCACCCCUGCCACCCUACCCACUGCACCCAAGUCCGAAGAUGUUGCCCCAGUGCAACCGGCCUCCCCCAGGAAGGGUAUUAGUCACUACCUCUCCUACCCCAGGCCCAGUGUGCAGAGCUUCGUGGGGAGCUACAUUGCCCCCCUCGUCCCCAAGUUCCGGGCCGACUCGAAGAAUGCCGCAGCUGAUAAGGACAAGCCAUCCGGCUCGGAGCAGGUGAACCCCCGGGAAGGCGAGGAGAAGAGCAAAGAGGAGAAGGAGGCUGAGGACAAGGCCCAGAGGCUGCUGUCUCAGAGAGAGAGGAUCAUAGCUCGUGUUAGUGUGGACAACAGGACCAGGGCUCUAGUCCAGGCCUUGCAGAGAGUGACCGAUGUGAAGAUCACCGUCAGCCGAGUGGAGGACCUCACCUGUCACCUACUGGAGUUCCCAGAGACCAGAGGGGUAGCCGUCAAGGAGCGAGUGAUCUCGUGUUUGCUGCGACUCAGGCAGGCCCGGGACCCAAGCCUGCAGGCGGCCGUGAGGCAGGCUCUGGCCGUCGUCGGCUACACGGACCCAGUCAAAGGGCGUGGCAUCAGAGUGCUGUCCAUCGAUGGAGGAGGAACCAGGGGUUUGGUUGCCUUACAGGCUCUGCAUGAGUUGGAGGCCCUGACUGGCAAACCCAUCUAUCAGCUGUUUGACUACAUCUGUGGAGUGAGUACAGGUGCAAUCUUGGCUUUCAUGGUAGGGGUGUUUCAAAUCCCUCUGGACGAGUGUGAGGAGAUGUAUAGGAAACUGGGUUCCGACGUCUUCAAGCAGAACCUCAUCGUGGGAACUGUGAAGAUGGGUUGGAGCCAUGCGUACUACGACAGUGAGAUAUGGGAGAACAUCCUGAAAGAGAGAAUGGGUCCUAGUCUAUUGAUUGACACAGCCAAGAAUCCAAAAUGUCCCAAGGUGGCAGCAGUGAGCACCCUAGUGAACCGUGGCCUGCCUCUGAAGGCCUACGUCUUCAGGAACUACGACCUGCUGCCGGGUGUGCGCUCCCACUAUCUGGGGGGCUGCCAGCACAAGCUGUGGCAGGCCAUACGGGCCUCCUCAGCAGCCCCGGGCUUCUUCCAGGAGUGCAUGCUGGGCAAUGACCUCCACCAGGACGGAGGCCUGUUGAUCAAUAACCCCACUGCCUUGGCCAUCCAUGAGUGCAAGAACCUGUGGCCCAACACGCCCGUGCAGUGUGUGGUGUCUCUGGGCACGGGCCGCUACGAGACGGGCGGCAAGAACGGCGCCACCUACACCAGCCUCAAGACCAAGAUCACCAACGUCAUCAGCAGCGCCACAGACACGGAGGAGGUCCACACCAUGCUCGACGCCCUGUUGCCGCCCGACACCUACUUCCGCUUCAAUCCCUUCAUGAGCGAAGACAUCCCUCUGGACGAGAGCCGGCGCGAGAAGCUCAACUUCCUGAAGGAGGAGGGCCGUCGCUAUCUGGAACGCAACCACGUCAAGCUGCGCAAGGCGGCCGCGGUGCUGACGCAGGAGAAGGGCGUCGUGCAGCGCACCGCCGAGUGGCUCAAGCUCAAGGCCGACAUGUACGACGGACUGCCCUUCCUCUCCAAGCUCUAGUGCCUCCUGUGGGCCGGGAGGAGGCAGUGACACAAGGGUCUCACGUUCAGGGCUUGUUGAAGAAUUGAAGGGGCGCGUGCGUUGGGGAACACUAAUUAUAUUGUGCAACUCCUUUAUUUUUAAUGUUUAUAGUGAAUGCAGUGGUCCCUCCCUUAACCCUCCACACGCCUUAUGCCUCCCCUGGUGACGUGUUUCAGCGCUGCCCUUAAGCUGCUCUGGAGGUCAGAUGAGAUUUUAGUGUAUUUCACGUAGGCCUUCGUCAGAGAGCUCUUAAACGAAUUGUCAGGGUGCGAGUACUGACGCGGGCUCUUUUUACAGACCUCCUUAACUCGUCUAAACUGGUUUGAUGUCCUGCUGAUUUCACGGCAGCAGUGCAGAUUCAUCUCACUUGACUGAUGUACUUUGCUACUUUCAAAUUCAUAACGUUAUUGUAAAAUGGGGUUCACGUUAGUGACGUGUCAAAGUCUUAAUCAUGUCCAAUCAUUUCAGAUUCGGCCCGCAUCCCUCGGGCUGUGUGUGUGCGCUGCACCUUCACUGGCAUGUACUGUACUUCUAGUUGACACAAAGCCUUUCUCAAGUGGCGCUAAACAAAUAGUGAAAUAUUUUCACUGGUUUGAAAUGGAAAAAAAGGCAGCAUGUCGGUUCAAUGACAUUAUUUAAUUAUGAUUUUAUUUUUUUUUAUUUAUUAAUUUUUUUUGGGAACCGUUGAAAAACCACAACUUGAAAAGUUUUAUACUCCUGCCACUUGAAAUGUUGUGCUGGAGGUUAAACCCCAUUGAGUAGUACUUACGCACUUAGUGCAUUUCCCCUCAUGUGUAAAAAGUAUGUACUAAAAUGUAAAUAGUAUGUACUAAAACGAUUAAGGAUGCUAAUACACUGCGCUAGUUUUUACUGCUAGUUUUUUGCUUUUGGAGUCAUUUGCAUUUGAAGCAUUGUUUGUGUUUAUGAACAAACAAACUGAUACUUGGCUCUAUGUGUAGGCCACUGAUGAGAGACUGCAGGUUUAUCCGUUUGGAACCGAUUCAAUAAAACCUGUCUCAGAACCUAA